UGACAGGAGGCGGGAACCGCCGGGAACAGCGCGCUGCCCAAUGGGAGCCCGCCUUGUUGGCGCGUGGCGGGCGGCGGUGCCGGGCGGGCCCGGCUGCGGGACGUAGACCAGAGCCAGCUGAGCCACGUAGCGCCGUGCCAUGUUUCGCAAUGCCCUAGGAAAAACCUUUCGAUUUCUCGGGUAUGCUGUGCAGUAUGGCUGCGUAGCACACUGUGCCUUUGAGUACCUUGGAGGAAUUGUUGUGUGUUCUGGACCUUCAAUGGAGCCAACAAUUCAAAAUUCUGAUAUUGUCUUUUCGGAGAACCUUAGCCGACACUUUUAUUCCAUUCGGAAAGGAGAUAUUGUAAUUGUGAAAAGCCCGACUGACCCCAAAUCAAAUAUCUGUAAAAGAGUAAUUGGCUUGGAAGGGGAUAAAGUCUGCACAAGCAACCCUUCAGAUUUCCUUAAGACUCACAGCUUUGUGCCUAAAGGACACGUUUGGUUAGAAGGUGAUAAUCUGAGGAACUCUACAGAUUCCAGGUGCUAUGGACCUGUUCCUUAUGGACUGAUAAGAGGACGCAUUUGUUUUAAGAUAUGGCCUCUGAAUGACUUUGGAUUUCUACGUGCAAGCCCCAACGGCCAUAGAUUUCUUGAUGACUGAAAGAAUUAAAUGACUGUUGCCAGCUUGCAAAAUAUUUUCUACUGAAACUAAUGGAAUUAUUUUUGUUUAGAAUAAACACAAGUGUUAGUUGACAA